AAUCCGCCAUGCUUUGCGCACCAAAUGUCAUUGUCAGACAGUUCAGCAGGUACUUGUCUUGUCAAAAAGUCGUGAUAUAAAUAAAAAUUACUAAUUAUCUUUCAAGAUUUUGCUUUUAAUUUAAAAUAAUUGAAGCCACCAGUAAACAAUUACGUCGCAAAUAUGCCAGUGUGCAGUGUUGUUGGGUGCGGCAUAAGAAAAACACCAAAUCGGCCAUCAUUAACCAUACACAGGAUCCCAAGAAAUGAGCAUAUAAAGAAUAAGUGGCUGGAAGCUAUUGGAAAGGAAAAUUUAAAGUCAAAUGUAAAAGAUCUUUAUAUUUGCUCGCUACAUUUUGAUGAUAAAUUUUUCAACAAAACUCUGAAUGUGACUCGACUACGAGAUGAUGCCGUGCCCUUCAAAUUUGUAAGAGUAAGUUAAUAAUGUAUCUACUUUUAUAGUUAUAUUGAUACACUUUUUUUUUAUGUACAUAUAUACAAUACAUACAUAUUAUUUUACAACAAAACGUGCUAUAAAAGGAUCAAAAUUGUAUUCUUGUCUUCCCAUUGUGUAAGUUUUAUAAUAGAUGUAAAUAUGUAUAUAUAU